CUGGGAGGAGGUGGGAAGAGGUUCGUGAGUGACUAGCACCCCUUCCACACCGUGAUCCCAAGUUACUAACCCCCCUCAGGAACCCACUCCCCUCUAGCCAGAACGAAGAGGGGGGGGUCACAAACCCAUCAGUUAAGCACUAUGCUGAGAAAAGACAUGGUGACUGGGACAUGGACAGGGGAAGAGCCAUGAACUGGAUUCUUGGUGCGUUUUAGGAUGACGGCACAGGUGGAUUUCCUUUCCCUGGGGCAGACAGGUUAAGGUAGAAUAAUAAGAAGUUAUAACUUGAACUCCAGAGCAAGCUCAAAGCAUUUUGCAAUGCAUGAGUGAAGCCUCACAACUCACGAGGUGGAUUAGUAUUGUGGGGAAACUGAGGCACAGAGUGGUUCGGGCCAAUAUGUUUGAAAAGAGUCAUUGAUUUCUGGCUCCGUUUUUGGGACCCUGACUUGAGACACUGAAGGUCUGACGUUCACAGGCGCUGAGCCCCUGCGGCGAGCCGACACUGACUAGAGCAGCGACUCCCCUGCCUUUUCAUUGCUCCAAGUCGGUUCUUUAAUACACCUUGAACUCCGCUCCUAAAGAGACAAGAACAAAGCAAAAACCUCCCUGAGAACUGAGCUGAACUCAGGGGGAGCUGAGCUGUGUCUCUGUGGCAGACCUGCUAUUGCAUGGCUAUCUGUCACAUCAGCGUCGCUGAAUACAUCCGGAUUCUUGAUUCCUGGCAGAUCCCCUAUUGUUAGUUAUCCUAGUUACACUGGAAGAAACCCCAUUGGAGCCUGGGUCAGGACUGGCAGGUGACCUUGCUUCAGUGGGGGAUCUGGCCGGGAGGCAACGGGCCACAUUACCAAGAGUUUUCCCUGGGAUCUUCCUAGCUAGAGCUGGUGGGAAAUGAUUUCCCCAUCCCAUAAGAACUUUUGAGAUGCCAAAAAUAUUUCCAAUCCCAAAGUGGGACGAAAAAAUUCACCUUGAAAAUUUUCUCAAACCAAAAUCUGGAACAAAACAAAAUGGAAUCAGGUCACUUGCACCUGAAAAAGGGAAGUUUUGAAGUGGAAAACCCCCCCCUCCCCCCAAAGUGUCGGCCCUUUCCCAGGAACAUUUCGGUUUCAAUGAAGUGGUGUUUAGAGAUGGAAAACCGUAUCGUCGAAAAAUUCCUGCGCUCCGGGCACUAGUGGAACGAACCCUCCCUUGCUACUCCGGCUGACUCCAGCCCAGGUGGUUCCGGUUGACUUGUCAAGGACGUUUUGAAUAGCGACUGUAAAUCUUUCCUGUGUUGUUGCCUGGGUGGGGCGGGGAGGAGGGACAGCGACUGGUGCAGUGGUACCGAGCCAGUGCAAGUACAGAGGCUGGGAGGCAGAUUCCUGCAGAACUCCGGAGGCGGCAGCAGUCCUGAGACGCACACAGGGACCAGCAGUGACCUGCCACUCCCGGCCCGGAGGCAUCGCCGGCCCAUGGCGACGGCAGGGUCCUGGAAGGUGCGGAGGGAGCCCCGUGCUGCUCAGGAGGAGGCGGAGAGGAUUCUAGUGCUAGAAGAAAGCUGGAGGCCCUGGCCCAGAACACGCAGGACAAUCCGAGGCUGUCUGGAGUGUGUGAAGCGCCAGCUGUUCCGUGUCGGUGAUGACUGGUACUUCCUCUUUUUCCUGGGGGUGAUAAUGGCGCUGAUCAGUUUCGCCAUGGAUUUCACGGUCUCCAGGCUAUCGAACGCACACAAGUGGCUUUACCAAGAGCUCGGGGAUCACUUACUGCUGAAGUACCUGUCCUGGACUAUGUACCCGAUUGCCCUGUCCGCCUUCUCCACUGGCUUCUCUCAGAGCAUCACUCCGCACUCGGGAGGCUCUGGCAUCCCGGAGCUCAAGACCAUUCUCACCGGAGUCAUGCUGGAGGAGUACCUGGCCAUUAAAAACUUCGGAGCCAAAGUGGUGGGGCUGACCUGCACCCUCGCGUGUGGGAGCACCAUAUUCCUCGGCAAAGUCGGCCCCUUCGUGCACCUCUCCAGCAUGAUCGCAGCGUAUUUGGGAAAGAUCCGAACAUCUGUCGUUGGGGAGUAUGAGAACAAAAGCAAGCAGACGGAGAUGCUGGUGGCAGCCGCUGCUGUUGGAGUCGCGACCGUCUUCGGGGCUCCCAUUAGCGGGGUCCUGUUCAGCAUUGAGGUGAUGUCAUCCCACUUUGCGGUCAGGGACUAUUGGAGGGGCUUCUUCUCUGCCACCUGCGGAGCCUUCAUGUUCCGCCUGCUCGCCGUCUUCAACAGUGAACAAGAAACCAUUACUGCUCUAUUCAAGACCAAUUUUAAGAUUGAUUUCCCCUUUGAUCUCCCAGAGACGUUCUUCUUCAUGGUGCUUGGGGGGAUCUGUGGGAUUCUAAGCUGUGCGUAUCUCUUCUGUCAGCGCUGGCUCCUGGGAUACGUCCGAAGGAACACGGUCACCGCCAAGCUGUUGGCGACAGACAAGCCCAUUUAUUCCUCCCUGGUGGCCCUCCUGCUCGCCUCCAUCACAUUCCCUCCCAGCCUGGGGCACUUCAUGGCAUCCAGGCUCAGCAUGAAGGAACUUCUCACCUCCCUCUUCGACAACCAGACGUGGGGCCUUCUGUCCCAGAACGCAUCGCUGGCCAGGCCUCCUCAAGUCGACCCUGAAAACCUGUGGCUUGAGUGGUGGGAGCCCAGCAUCACCAUCUAUGGCAGCCUGGCACUCUUCCUGGUGAUGAAGUUCUGGAUGCUGACCUUGGCCACCACCAUGCCGAUGCCAGCUGGGUACUUCAUGCCGCUCUUUGUAUACGGCGCUGCAAUCGGGCGUUUGGUGGGGGAAGUGGUGGCCUUUCUCUUCCCCCAGGGUAUCCAGUCGGACGGCAUCGUUAACACCAUCACUCCGGGAGGCUACGCACUGGCCGGUAAGUCUCUAGCACGUGACCUCAACUCAGGAGCCCGGCGACAGGCUUCGACUAACGAAUGGGGCUGCAACGGGGCAGCAGCGUUUUCGGGCUCGGUCACCCACACCCUGUCCACUGCCCUGCUGGCCUUUGAAGUGACCGGGCAGAUCGCCCAUAUCCUGCCCGUCAUCCUGGCUGUGCUGGUGGCCAACGCUAUAGCCCAGAAGUUCCAGCCCUCCUUCUACGACGGCACCAUCAUUGUGAAGAAGCUGCCCUAUCUGCCCCGGAUCAGGAGCCGACACAUCGGCUCCUUCAGCGUGACCACUCGCCAGUUCAUGAACACCCACUUUGCAGUCCUGGCCAAGGGCGCCAGCUUUGAGGAGGUCCUCAGAGUCGUGACCUCUACCGACGACCUGGAGUACCCCAUUGUGGAGAGCACAGAGUCCUUGAUGCUGGUGGGCAUGGUGCAAAGAACCGAGCUGGUCAGGUACCUCCAGACCCACGAUGAAGCCAAGCCGUCCCCCCAGGAGCCAGGGGAGAAGCCUCGCUCCAACGGGACGCUGGGGGACGACUGCACCGUCGAGCCACUCACCCUCCAACUGUCACCUUGGACAUCCCUGCACCAGGCUCACAACCUGUUUGAACUGCUGAACCUGCAGCGUGUCUUCGUCACAUCCUUGGGGCGGGUCGUCGGGGCCGUCUCUCGGAGCGAGAUGAAGAAGGCGAUUGAAGACCUGGCAAAUCCGAAGACGUUGAAGUGAGCGAUUCGGAGCCUGGGACAGCAGCCCCUUCCCCCUCCUAUGCGGCGGAGCGUGGGACGGGGGAUCGCGCUGGGGCCCUGAGAUUUCAGCAGCAGGGGGGCAGUGCUGGCAGGGGUCUCCCCAAUUAUUUUUUUGUAAAUGGAAAUGGAUUUGAAAGCUCCUCCGCCCUUCCUGCUCCCGCCGCAAGGAGCCACGGUUGUGACAGCAGAGGCAACACCUGGACCUCUCUGGCCUGGGGAGCCUGCCAGAUGCUGGCAGCCCUCACCCACCCUGGAGACACAACAACACACAGCUACCCAGGGACAAACAACUUGGCCCACAGACUGUCAGCGCCGAGGGCAAGCCCAGGCUGCAAUGUGAAAUGUGCAUGCGCCAUCCUGAAUUUAGUGCCUGCCGCCCUCUUGGGGCCAGGCCCAGCGGGACAAGAGUCUGCUUCUUAGCAAGCCCUAGAAGAGACGCUCCUUGAGCUCAAGGGGUAGGGGCUUGUGCUUCGGGCAGUGAAAGGCCCCGGCUCCGGCCGUGUACGUCUGGGUUCAUCACAGACCUGCCUGCACUGAAUUCUCCUGUAACGUGGUGCUGCCUUUGCUAUGCAAUCGCUCCCUCACUGCAAGGGGGCAGGCACGAGCCCCGAGGAGCCAGACCACCCCUUGCCUGUCCCCAGAGGAAGGCCCUAGACCAUCCCCAGGGCAGCCAGGCUGUUGUGGCCUACACAGCAGGGGGGUGGGGGGCUCCUUUGAAAUCCAUUGUUCCCACUCACCGCGCGCAGUAAAUCAGAGAUGAGGGCUGGCA